CCUCCAUCCGCAAAGCUGAGCUUUUUGUGGGUCAACCUCAUACUAGUUUUACAAUGCACGUUAUCUGUCACCUCAGAUUUCUCGUACAUAAUUAAUCCCGAAACCGAAAGCCGCCUGAAUAGCCUAGUUGUUGAAAGAUCAAUUUACAUGACAUAAAUUAAUUGUCUUGCUUGGAGAAUAAAGUACAACUAGAUGGGGAAUGGCUCACAAUACUAACAUUGUAGGGUAUCGUGUACCUGAGGGACAGACUGAGGUGACUAAGCUUGUGAGGCUCUGUGUCUACUCGGCAUCUGGGCUGGCAAAGAAGGACAUUUUUGGAGCUUCUGACCCCUACGUAAAGAUAGAGCUCAUUGACUUGAAGGCUGAGUCUACAGCCGAUAAUGUUGUCGACUGUGUGUACACCAAGACCAUGAAGAAGACUCUGAACCCUACAUGGAAUGAAGAGUUCUUACUACGGGUGAAGCCCCAGGACCACAAGUUGCUGCUGGAGGUGUACGACGAGAACCGCAUCACGCGGGACGACUUCCUAGGGCAGCUCGAGGUGCCCGUGGCAACCAUCCCCCCCAGCAGCGACGCCAGGGCCACCACCCGCAGCCGCUACAAGCUACAGCCACGCAGGCAACGGAGCUCCUCCAGCACCACAGCGGCGGCUGCAACCCCUGGUCCUCCUCCAGCAGCGGCAGGAGGGGAGGCGAGCCCCGACGACCCCAGCUGGGAGGUGCUCAGCAUUGAUGCCCACACCCCAGGGCACGAGGAGCAGCCUGCCCCGAUCAUGCUGGGGACGAGCCGCGGUAGCCGGGCGGGUCUGCCCGACAGUUGGGAGGAGAGGCAGGACGCCAACGGCAGAACCUGCUACGUGAACCACGUGACGCGAACCACCCAGUGGGAGAAGCCUACGAGUGCUAGCGGCGGGGCGGGGGCGGCGCGCGUGUCCCGCAUGGAGUCCGCGCAGCUGGAGUUCAACAACGAAUUCCGCCGCCGCUUCCACAUCUCAGCCGACGACGACGCCCGCCACCGCCACGACAACACCGCCAUCCUCAGUCGGCUUGAGGACGAUGACUUCUCAGUGUUCGACGAAGCUCACUUUGCACUAGAUGACGGUAACAACACGCCACGUCAUAACGAAGAUGGCAACACGCCACGUCUGAGCGGAGAUGGCAACACGCCACGUCAGAGCGAAGAUGGCAACACUACACGUCAGAACGAAGAUGGCAACACGCCACUGCAGCAGCAACACGCAACAGACGACUAUGGCCCUCGUGGAGACAAGCCUGGAGUCAGUGAUGUUGGUAACUGCAGUGACGACUCUAACGACUGGGAGGAAGACGCUGACGGAAAUGAGAAGCUCUUCAAUGACGAGAGCGAGGACUUGGCCCACGUCAUUGUUGAUAACAUUAUUUAUUCGUCGUCUGUUGACUCGCCUCUGUCAGGUCGCGGUCCAGCCGUUGCACCAACUGAAAACAAUGAUAACAGUGAUGCACAGGUAAAAGCAGUCAAUGAGUGCUCUGCUGAGGCCGCUGAUGAGUCUACUGCUGAGGCUGCUGAUGGGUCUACUGCUGAGACUGUUGAUGUGUCCACUGCUGAGGCUGCUAAUGUGUCUACUGCUGAGGCUGUUGAUGGGUCUACUGCUGAGGCUGCUGAUGUGUCUACUGCUGGGGCUGCUGAUGGGUCUACUGCUAAAGAUUCUUCCACUGCAGGUUCUGACACUUCAACUGCUGGGACUGAUAUUUCUAGUAUUUCUGAUCCUGCAAGCGACUUGGUUGCUGCUGCAAAUGAUCUUUUGGGAUAUCCAGAUACGAGUAUUUAUGCUACCACCGAUGCCGCGGCAACUUUCGCAACUUGCUCCACAGUCACUGAUGGUGAUUGCUCCACAGUCACCUGUACCACUGGCCUCGCUGUCACUGAUGCCGCGGUCACUUGUGCCAUUGACUCCGCCCUGCCUGAUUCCGCGGUCACUAGUGUCACUGAUGCUGCGGUCACUAGUAUCACUGACUCCGCUGUCACUGGUGCCGUGGUCGCGCUGGGGGACGCUUCUCGCGGCUGCGCCAUUUCUGCGGCGAGAGACGUAGCAAAUUUACCUCUGAAGUGCUGUGGUGGCAACACUCCUGCGGAGUCAUGUGGUGACAGCCGUGCCAAUGAAAUGGUAGAGGCCACUGACGCUGCGGCAGGGGGUGCUGGAGUAGAAGACGCAGUUAGAGGUGCUGCUGCUGAGGGCGCAAGUGACAGCGUUGCUGGGGCUGUGUGUGUUGGGUGCGGACAGCCCCAGGCUUCCGAGGGACCCUGGGAUGAAGCCUUGCGCUGCUUUAGUUGCGCCGCUGCGGCUGAGGAGCUUCCUAAGGCCGCCGACGACGCGCCGCUGCCCCGGAACUGGACGAGUCAAGUAGCCCCCAACGGCAGGGUCUUCUUUAUAGAGCUGGGACCGCUGCCCGACGGCUGGGAGCAGCGGGUCCACACCGACGCUAGGAUAUUCUUCAUAGACCACAAGAACCGCACCACCACGUGGGAGGAUCCCCGCCUCCACAACCCCGCCAUCGCAGGCAAGGCCAUCCCCUACAGCCGCGACUACAAGCAGAAGUACGAGUACUUCAAGACGCGCCUCCCCAAGCCGACGAACGUGCCGAACAAGUUCGACCUGAAGGUGAAGCGCGGCAAUAUCCUCGAGGACUCCUUCGCCAUCAUCAGCAGCGUCCAGCGCACCGACCUCCUGCGCACCAAACUCUGGAUUGAGUUCGAGGGCGAGGUGGGUGGGGUGGGUGUUGUGGGUGGGGUGGAUGUGGAGGGCGAGGUGGGUGAGGUGGGUGAAGUGGGUGAAGGAGUCAGUGUCGUAAUUAAUUCUGAGCCUCAAAUGACAUCUCUCCUGUGCCACUUCCCUGACACAUCCCCUCCCACUGACACUUCCCCUCCCUCUGAUACCUCCCCUCCCCCUGACACUUCCCCUCCCCCUGACACCUCUCCUCCCCCUGACACUUCCCCUCCCUCUGAUACCUUCCCUCCCCCUGACACUUCCCCUCCCUCUGAUACCUUCCCUCCCUGUGACGCCUCUCCUCCCACUGACACCUCCCCUCUCCCUUGCAAAUUAGUAGGUUCGAGCCCCGGUAAGCUGCUCGAUGCUUUCUUCAUCCGCCCCUUCUACAAGAUGAUGCUGGAGAAGCCCAUCGAGCUCAAGGACAUGGAGAGCGUCGACUCUGAGUACUACAACUCCUUGCUCUGGAUCAAGGUGGGUCACCGGACCCACUACCGUGCUGGCUGUGCCGUGCUGACUGUGUCGUUGGUGAUCAAGUGGCGGUUCGUGGAGCGCGUCAAGGACCAAAUGGACGCGUUCAAGGACGGCUUCAACGAGGUUGUCCCCAUCUCGCACAUCAAGAUCUUCGAUGAGAACGAGCUGGAGCUGCUCAUGUGCGGCAUCGUGUCCAUCGAUGUGAAGGACUGGCGUGCCAACACCGUCUACAAGGGCGAGUACCACCCCAACCACAUCGUCAUCCAGUGGUUCUGGCGGGUUGUGCUGUCGUUCGACAACGAAAUGCGGGCGCGGCUGCUGCAGUUCGUGACGGGCACGUCGCGGGUGCCUAUGAACGGCUUCAAGGAGCUCUACGGCAGCAACGGCCCCCAGCUCUUCACCAUCGAGAUGUGGGGGGACAGCACCAACUACCCCCGCUCACAUACAUGUUUCAACCGCCUUGACCUGCCGGCCUACCAGUCCUACCACGACCUGCGCCAGAAGCUCAUCAAGGCCAUCGAGGGCACCGUUGGCUUCGCUGGGGUCGAUUAACGUCAACUCCGCUACACCUCAUUAGCCUGGUUGUUACGGUUGCGCGGUUGUUGCACCGCAGUUGUGGUUGCCCAGUUGUAGCUCUUGCUCGGUUGCCCUGUUGUUGCGGCUGUCCUGGUGUUGCGGUUGUCCUGGUGUUGUGGUUGUCCUGGUGUUGCGGUUGCCCUGGUGUUGCGGUUGCCAUGGUGUUGCGGUUGCCCUGGUGUUACGGUUGCCCUGGUGUUGCGGUUGCCUUGUUGUUACGGUUGCCCUGGUGUUGCGGUUGCCCUAGUGUUGCGGUUGCCUUGUUGUUACGGUUGCCCUGGUGUUGCGGUUGCCCUGGUGUUGUGGUUGCCCAGUUGUUGCUCUUGCCCGGUUGCCCUGUUGUUGCGGUUGCCUUGUUGUUACGGUUGCUUCAUCUCCUUGUGUCGUUUGUCUGCAUCGGUCAGUCUUGGUGGUGCAGGAAUGACAGCUGCCGGGCACCUGACACCUCAGCUGCUGGGUCGUUUGGUGAUGUCCUCACACUGCACUGGGUGGUGCGUGACCUGACGCGCGUUAAGAAGGAAAGAAACUUUCUUUAAAAUAGAGCCAAGAUAAUGUAACCACGCGCACCAAUGCAGCUAAGCUAAGAUAAUUACGCGCACCGAUGCAGCUAGGAUAACUGGCUGGGUGUCGCGUUGUUGUUGUUGUCGUUCGGUCUAGAAUAACAACGGUGGGUUGUUGUUGUUGCCUCAGUUGGGACCAAGUCUUGUUGUUCUCUGUGUCCCCGUCACACUCCCCACCACGUCCCAGGAGGCCCAGGUUGGGACCCUCACUCACCGUAGGGUGGCAAGUGGGGCUUGCUGAUUUGAAACUUUCCACUGAAUUUAUCUACAUAUUUACGAAUAAUAUAAUAGCGUAAGGAGAGGUUUUGCAUGUUGUAUAGUUCAUCAUGUUUUACCUCUACGAUCAUUUCCUCGUGAUUAUUGUCGUCAGAUAACACGAUGUUGUUGCCGUUGUUGCCGCCACUUCGUACAUCUUUUUUUCUCUCUGCGCCGUCAAGGCUCGUGUCACCGCUAAUGGGAUCGGUGUUUCUUUAUUGUUUAAUUGAUUUAUUGUUUAAUUGAGAGUUUAAAAAUAUUAGAAUUGACAUUUCAAAAAAUUAUUUAUGUUCGCUGUUACGCUGCGCUUUUCUUAUCAAGUUUGUUGAGUUCAGCAAGAAACACACGUGGCAAAACUUACAUUCUGGCCGCUGUGGAAGAGGGCUGAGUGACACAGGUGGCUAUCAAUAUUCUAUCCUCCCCGAGUUUUGCUCCCCUAAUCCGUUAGGCCAGAAUGAAUUUAUAUGGAUGAUUUGGGGAUAACCCAAGAGGUUAACUUCCCCAGUCUGGGCAGAUCGCGGCGCAUUCCUUACUCCAUCGCAUUCCAGACCAUCGCUUCUGCGUGAUGGUAACUCUCGUAGGGCGGUCACCCUCGUAAGGCGGUCACCCUCGUAAGGCGGUCACCCUCGUAAGGCGGUCACCCUCGUAAGGCGGCCACGAUAAUAACGCUGCAGCUCGCUACGGACGUCUUCAAUUUCUGCUCAUUUAUUCGCCCACGUAUUAUUUGUUGCAGUUUGCUGCCUUUUAUUUAACCUGGACGGUGGAGGUCCACUGUGAUACCUCGAUUCCCUGUGGUGUGGCAACGCCGUAUGCCUUCAUAUCUCGCCCCUAAAUCAACUUAUUGAUAUUUAGCCUUAUUUGUUCCGUAUGUUAUUAUAAUUGAAAGCUUUCUUAUUAUACGUAGCAUAUACCUGUCACUUAUACCAUCCCCUUUGCCGCCAUGCGCUGCCUUUGGUAUGCAGGUUCACCGGUGUGGGGUUAUCACGUUCGUCGUCCGAACAAAAAUUGGGUUAGAGCGCUUCUCCGUUCAUUUCUUUAGUCGUGUUUUUUUUUUUUUUUUUUGAUGAUUGAUCGGUGGAUGAAGGGCAAGUUUUCCAGUCAAGCAUUCAUGUUCAUCACGGAGUGUUGGUGCACGAGUAAGCAAUAAUAACUAAGCAUGUGAAGACAACAUGUACGUACAACCGUACAAAUUAACAUGUCAAUUACAGCUGAACAAAUUAACAUGUCAAUUACAGUUGAACAAAUUAACAUGUCAAUCUGCAAUCUGGACAUGGGACGUUCAGUAAGUGGGCAAGACUGAAGCUGGGAUAUUUCGAAGGGCUGACGGAACAUUAGCUUUUCCUGCGUCCCAAUUAGCCGUUAACAUGUUGCUGUAACAGGAGCACGCUAUCAUGUUACUGGAAUAUAACCAGGUCAUAAUGUUGAUGUAACAUAAGCAUGCCAUAAUGUUACUGUAACAUAGGUACACCAUAAUACCAUAAUGUUACUGUAACAUAGGUACACCAUAAUACCAUAAUGUUACUGUAACA